UCCUCCUCCUCCCUCUUCUUUUCUUUUUUUUUUUUUUUUUUUUUUUUUUCCUGUUUUUCAUAAUCAUCAAAAUCAUAAUCUUUGAUCUCUUUGGAAACCCACCUCCCGAAGCUUCAGUUUAUAUAAAAUGAAUGAAAUGGCCGUAGAGUAUCACUUUCCUCAUCAUCGAAGCUCAAGCUUUACCAGUCUCAUCCCUUGUUUGACAGAGAACUGGGGUGCCCUGCCGUUAAAAGUUGACGACUCUGAGGACAUGAUCAUAUACAACUCCCUCCGUGACGCUCUUCAUUUUGGAUGGUCUCCGUUAGAUUUGACAGAAAGGACAGUCAAAGCCGAGCCCACCGAUGAGUUGGAGAUCACGGCUCCGGUCAAACAAGGAAUAAAUCAGCAACUUGAAAGCGCGUAUGUUGCUCCAAAGAGUGAAAACGGAAGUGUUUCUUCACCGGAGAGACAAGAAAAGAUCUUACAGAAGCCAAGAGGAAGGCAUUAUCGAGGUGUCAGGCAACGGCCGUGGGGGAAGUUCGCUGCUGAGAUUCGAGACCCGGCUAAAAACGGCGCGAGGGUAUGGCUCGGAACGUACGAAACGGCUGAGGAAGCGGCUUUCGCGUAUGACCGAGCGGCUUAUCGAAUGCGAGGCUCGAAAGCAUUGCUUAAUUUCCCCCACCGGCUUGGCUCUAACGAGCCUGAGCCGGUUAGAAUCACUGCGAAACGCCGAGAACCGGAGCCCAGCACCAGAUUGGCCUCUGAUAGUGACUUGGCUAAGAGGCUGAAAGCGUCGGCGUCGGCUAAGGAAGCUGAGUUGGAUAUGGAAAGAGUGAAUACACUUCAAUUUCAAUAUCGGAUGGGUUAUGUGCCAGUUGGCGAGCAAUUAUUGGUUAGAUAGGUAGUUUCCUAAGUUGUGGAUUGUAUAACAAGGUAAGAAUGAAGUGAUGGUUUGAUUAUUGUAUGGAGUGAAUAGGAAACUUGUUGGGUUGAAUGCAGACUACAGAUGUUGGGUUGAAUGCAUACUCCAUAUAAUUCGGUGAAAAAGCAAAAGCCAGAAAUUGGGUUUGUAAAUUUCUGAAAAUGAUGGGGUUCGGCUAAAUAAAUUCGGGUUUAUGUUAUCUAAA